AUGAUUAGUGGGCCUAACAUAAUUGUUGAAAUUGAUGAGACUAAAAUAGGUAAAAGGAAGUACCAUCGGGGUUAUCGGGUUGAUGGCAUGUGGGUCAUCGGUGAAGUUGAAAGAACAGAAGAAAAAAAUAUUUCAUUAAAUCAAUACCUAACAGAACAGCUGAAAUAUUACUUGAGAAUUGAAGUAUUAGAUGUAUCUCAUAAUGAAGUUAACUAUUCUCAAGGUUUUAUAAAUCAUGAAACUGGAACUCAUACUAAUACUAUAGAAGGAUUAUGGAAUGGACUAAAGUUGAGAGUCCCACCGUGUAAUAAAACCAAGGAUAAAAUUACCAAUCAUCUUCAUGAAUUUAUAUGGAGAAGACACAUAGAAAUAAUUUAUGGA